AGGGCAUGCGGGAGGGGUUUGGGGAAGGAGAGGUGGACAGAGGAGAGAGGGAAGGGGACAGGGGGGAAGAGGAAAAGAGGGAAGGAAAGAGAGGAAGGAAAACAGGAAUCACUUCUGAGAUCCAGUAACUGGUUUUAGAAAAGGCAGAGGAAAAUGGAAAUAAAAGAGGGGAGACCCCAAAAUGAAUCCUCUUUUCUGUGUCUUCUCUCUCUGUCUGUCUCUGUCUGUCUCUCUCCCUCACUCCUCCUUCCCUCUCUCUUUCUUCUCCCAGUCUCAUCUCCCCUCUCCCUCUGCUCCUUCCUCCUGCCUUAGCAGAACUUAUGUGGCUGGGAUGCGGGGCUCUCGGGUGUCAAAACUUUGAAGAUUAAUGGAUUACUUUGUUAAUGACUGCAGGCGUCAGACUGAGGUGCUUAGAUGAUUUGUGAGGUGCGAGGCGUCUUCCCGACAGUCCCAAACAAUGCGCGGAGUGUGCGGGGGAGUUAGAGGGCGGCCGCCGGCGGGCCCGGCAGCAGGGCUCACACUCGCACACACUCACACACUCACACACACUCCCAAGCGCACACACCAGGUUCUGUGCUGAUCAGGAGGCAGGCAGGCACCCUCGCCCCCACGCACUCCCGGGCAUCCCCACCCACACCCACAUAUAUGUAUUUUUGCCCUGAAAAAAGUGUAAAUAAAGCCUCGCUGGCCCCCAAUGAGGCGUUCCUUCCCGACUUUUUUGGAUCAAUCAAACAGACAGUGGCUUCUUUUGAUUAAAGCCCAAAUUGUCAUUGGGCAGAAGCAAUCAUGUGACAGCCAAUUCGGUCCAAUUUCAACCUUGUCUCCAUGAAUUCAAUAGUUUAAUAGUAGCGCGGUCCCCAUACGGCUGUAAUCAGUGAAUUAGAAAAAAAACACCCCAGCAGCGAUCUUCUAUGAUAGAUUUUUUUUUUCCUCUGCUCUCGCCUUUUUCCCGGGCCUUGCCCCCCCAAAGCCCCUCCAGAAGAGGGAACUUUUUCUCCGAGGGGGCUCCAAGGAGAAGGCCAUGAAUUACGAAUUUGAGCGAGAGAUUGGUUUUAUCAAUAGCCAGCCGUCGCUCGCUGAGUGCCUGACAUCUUUUCCCCCUGUCGCUGAUACAUUUCAAAGUUCAUCAAUCAAGACCUCGACGCUUUCACACUCGACACUGAUUCCUCCUCCUUUUGAGCAGACCAUUCCCAGCCUGAACCCGGGCAGUCACCCUCGCCACGGCGCUGGCGGCCGCCCCAAGCCGAGCCCCGCGGGCAGCCGCGGCAGCCCAGUGCCCGCCGGCGCCCUGCAGCCGCCCGAAUACCCCUGGAUGAAGGAGAAGAAGGCGGCCAAGAAAACCGCGCUGCCGCCCGCCUCGGCCGCCGCCGCCGCCGCCGCCGCCACCGGCCCUGCCUGCCUCAGCCACAAAGAAUCCCUGGAAAUCGCCGAUGGCAGCGGCGGGGGCUCCCGACGCCUGAGAACUGCUUACACCAACACGCAGCUUUUAGAGCUGGAGAAAGAAUUUCAUUUCAACAAGUACCUUUGCAGACCCCGAAGGGUGGAAAUCGCAGCGCUGCUGGAUCUGACUGAGAGACAAGUGAAAGUGUGGUUUCAGAACCGGAGGAUGAAGCACAAGAGGCAGACCCAGUGCAAGGAGAACCACAACAGCGAGGGGAAAUUUAAAAGCCUCGAAGACUCUGAGAAAGUGGAGGAGGACGAGGAAGAGAAGUCGCUCUUUGAGCAAGCCCUGAGCGUCUCCGGGGCCCUUCUGGAGAGGGAAGGUUACACUUUUCAGCAAAAUGCCCUCUCUCAGCAGCAGGCUCCCAAUGGACACAAUGGCGACUCCCAAAGUUUCCCAGUUUCGCCUUUAACCAGCAAUGAGAAAAAUCUGAAACAUUUUCAGCACCAGUCACCCACUGUUUCUAACUGCUUGUCAACAAUGGGCCAGAACUGUGGCUCAGGCCUAAACAAUGACAGUCCCGAGGCCCUCGAGGUCCCCUCUUUGCAGGACUUUAACGUUUUUUCCACAGAUUCCUGCCUGCAGCUUUCAGAUGCAGUCUCGCCCAGUUUGCCAGGUUCCCUCGACAGUCCCGUAGAUAUUUCAGCUGACAGCUUUGACUUUUUUACAGACACACUCACCACAAUCGACUUGCAGCAUCUGAAUUACUAAAAACAUUAAAGCAAAACAAAGCAUCACAAAACAAAAACCCCUUUGACCAGGUGCUUUUGCCUUCUUUUAUUCUGAGAGUUGAUUUUUAUUUUCUUUUCUUCCUGACCUACCCUCUCUCUCCUCUAAAUGUGGAAGAUUUUCUGUUUAGUGAUUCUCCUGGUCCAGUUUCAGAGCCAUCUUUUACAGAUUAUUUUGGAGUUUUAGUUGUUCUAAAUCUAAUCCAACACCCCUCUAUGUGAUUUCCUGAAAGCAAUAUAUGAGGCCUGCAAGAAAGUGAUCAUAUACUUGUAUCUUCACUUUCUUUUUAUUUUU